AUGACCUCAUACAAGCUCAGGGGCUAUCAGGAGGGCUAUGGGCAUGCCGCCCCAGGCACGGACGCUGGCAAAGUUUUCUGCAUGUUCUACGCCAUCCUGGGCAUCCCCCUGACGCUGGUCAUGUUCCAGAGCCUGGGGGAGCGCAUGAACACUGUCGUGCGGCUACUGCUCAAGAAGAUCAAGAAGUGUCUGGGCAUGAGGACAACCAAUGUCUCCAUGGAGAACAUGGUCCUAGUUGGCUUUCUGUCCUGCAUGGGGACCCUGUGCAUCGGCGCAGCAGCCUUCUCUUAUUUUGAGGGUUGGACUUUCUUUCAUGCCUAUUACUACUGCUUCAUUACCUUGACCACUAUUGGCUUUGGAGACUUUGUGGCUCUGCAGAAGAACGAGGCUUUGCAAAAGAAACCCCCUUAUGUAGCUUUCAGCUUCAUGUACAUCCUGGUGGGCCUGACUGUCAUUGGUGCCUUCCUCAACCUGGUGGUGCUGCGGUUCCUGACAAUGAACUCGGAGGACGAGCGGCGGGAUGCCGAAGAGCGCGCCUCACUGAGGAGAGCCCGGAACAACGUCCACCUCAAGCCGAAAGAGGACAGCCGGAGCAGCAAUGCCAUUUUUCUUCCUGUGGAGGACAGGACAAGCCAGAUGAACCUCAUCCCACUGAUCCAGGAGGACGCGGAGAGGCAGCGGCGCCAGUCAGCCAACUCGGCAGCUACAGUCCCCUCCUUCUGCACGUGCCUGUGCUACAGACCUCAGCUGUGUGGCAGCCCAGUGCCCUCCCACCCUGAGACCCUGAGCUGCCACACCAACCCUGUGUAUUACAACUCCAUUUCCUACAAAAUCGACGAGGUCUCCCUAAGCACACGGGGUCAGACUGGCUCUUCCCCGGGGAGCACUUUAUCAUCCAACAGCGCUCGCUGCCGGCAACACCCCCGGCUGCGGAGGAAAUCCAUCUAG